AUGAUCGGAGACGAGCAAACUAAGAAUUUCGAUGAAUUGAUUGAACAUGAGGAUGUUUUGGGAGAUGAAAAUGAAGUCGAAGUAAAAGAAGAAACAAAGUCGCCAACUCCCGAAACAGCCAAAACUGACGUCCAGAUUUACCAAGAAAAGCUGAUCCGUCUGGAGCGUCACUUUUCCGAAAAGGUCAAAAAGCUGCAGUCGAAGAUCAGCGAGUUCAUUCCCGAAAUACUGAAGACGCAGUUGGACGACUUGCUUCUCAAAUUCCACAACGAGAUCUCAGAAGAGUUUCAAAAGCUUAAAAAUCCGAUUUCAGGCGACAUGGCGCCGCCGGCUACUCCGACUCCCACAACGCCAUCUCCCAAAUUGGUUGAGACCGCAACCAUCGCCGCUGAAGUACCGAUCCUCACCGCUCCGACGCUCGUCUGUCCCACCAUCCAAGCUGCUCCGAUCAUUCAGCAAAUCCUUCCAACAGCAUCGGCGAUCAACGCUAGUCAGCAAAAAGUGGUGAUUCCCCCGCCCCAAGUCGAAAAAAUCAUCGUCAACGGACAGGAAACAAAUGUUGUUGUCCAGCCAAAUGCUGUUCUCGUCCCUAAAGACACAAAAGUCCUUAGCGUACCGAAAGAUGCUAAGGUCGUGGAGCCCGUUAUGGCAACUUUGAUAAGAAAGCGCGAUCCAAAAGGUGGAGGCAAGAUUACGAAAAUUUCGAAUGCAAAGGUGGCGCAAGUAAAAGUUGUGCCGAUAAGAAAAAGUGCUCGAAUCCCGAAGCCAAGGGAUGAUACUGAACAAGAAAAGACAGGAGAGAUAAGCACCCCGGAAAGAAGUAACCCUGAGCCGCCAAAACUUGACCUGCCACCGGAAGAAAGUACCUUCGAAGUCGAUUAUGACUAUUGGACUUACGAACGAGUAAACAAGGAAUACGAACGCGUCUCAAAACUCGCCGAUGAUGACGAUUUCGACUGUUUGAUUUGCAGAAGAAGUUUUUCAACAAAAGCCUAUCUCAAAUCGCAUCUUCGGGCUCACAGAGCCCCUCUCAAGUGCAAGAUUUGCAAGGCAGAAUUUCGAUUGCAAACGAAACUCGAGAAGCACGAGUUGACCCACCGAUCGGAUGACAAGCAAAUGUGCGAAGUCGCCGGGUGUGGCGAGAUUUUUGAUACAAAGAAGCAGCUAAAUGAGCACAAGAAGAAACACAAGCCAAAGUGGGCCUGUAACAUUUGCGGAAAACUUCUUGCUACUGAAAAGUCACGUGACGAGCACAAAGUCACCUUCCACCUCGGCGGCUCCUCCCACAAAUGCGAUACUUGCGGCAAAGCAUUCUCCAACCGGUCAACCCUCAACCGCCAUAAACUCCUUCAUUCGGUAGAAUUUCGAAAGCCCUACCCAUGCAAUAUCUGCAAGCGCGCUUUUAUCGACCUCAAAACGCUCAAAAAUCAUGAAAAAACCUGUGCUAAGCAUUUUUUCUCUGUCAUCAAAGUCGACAAAUAG